AUGUACAACAUAAUAUUCGUUUUCUUAACUGUGAAUUUUGCGCUUAUAAACGCUGAAGUAGGAAACUCAUUUGGAAAUGAUCCUGCUAUAUUAGCUUUCACAAACAAAGUCAUAGAUGAACUUAAGGAUUAUCCUAGAAUUCAAUCACGUAUUCUGGAAAUAAUCCAAGAUGUGAUAAAAAAUGUUGAAGAUAGUACAACUAAUAUUCGAGAAAAUGAAAAAAUAUUACAAGCCAAAAUAGAUAACCUUAUGCAGAAUCUAGUAGAAAAACGCAAAACAAUUCAACGAUAUGUGAGGUGUAAAAGUGAACAACAAAAUGCAGAAUCAUACCAUGGAUUUCUUAAAGAAAUAGAAGGAUCAACAGCAUUCAUGAUACUUACAUCGUUUCAUGAUUUUUCAACUCUGCAGAAUUGCCUCAAAGAACAAAGAAAGAUACCAGAAAAUAUGAAGUCUAAUAACAAUGAAGAAAAGUGCAAUAAAUUUAAAACAUUCCCUGAAAAAGAUAUUAAGGAACUAGAUGACUUGAUUGUUAAAAAAUACGUGAAUAAGAAGUCGCUUAACAAUGGACUAUUUAUUUACGAUUUCGCUGCGAGAAAUUUUGAUAAAUUAAUAUCUUUAGCAAAGAAAUAUAAUGCUAUACUACCAUUUUAAACAAAAUCAUGUUUGAUAGUGUUCAUUACAUUGUAAUAAUCAUAGUAGUUUAGAUUUGUUUUCUUAAGAAGAUUAUUACAUAAUUGUAUUGACAUUUAAUUGGUUACUUUAUGAAUAAAGUUUAAAUUUAAAGAAAAAUAAAUAAAUUUGUCUGA